AUAUUAUUUUAACUUGAUUUCGUCUGAGGGGCCUGGUUUUAAGUGCCUACAUUUUCACCAAAUAGACAAUCAGUCUUGAGUCUCCGAUUAACGAAAUUCCAAAAUGAGUCCAAGUUCACGGCGCUGCCUCAUGCUGCUCAUCAUCGCGUUAUCCUUUCUGUCUCUGCGCCUAAUCGACAGUUUCAUAAGUCUAAAGGAGCCAGCCGUUCUGGCCAAUCACCGUCAAGCAAUUCAGGAGAUCCAAGACGAUUUUGUGCAUCUGGCAGAUAAUUGCUCCAUAGAGAAACUGAUGGUGGACGACUCCCUGGAGUAUCUGCAGAUCAGUUGUCAUGUGGAUGAUCUGCCAGAGGGCUACGAGCGGAGACUGAAGCCCGUCGAUUAUGGCCGGAGUUUCUUCCUCAACCAGCGAAUGCCGAGGCCUUUAAAGCGCCAGUGGAAUUUCCGAGUGCCCACAAACGCCGUGAAUGGACUCAGUCUGCUGACUUGAUUGAUUCGACUCCACUAGACUGAUAAAGAAAAUGUCAGAAAUGAGCUUA